UAAGACUACGGGGGUAGCCGUAGCAUUUAAAAACCAAACUUUUUUAAGCUAUGAUGCAUAUUACGUUUAAGAUCGACUCACAUAUUUUCUAUGGUUAGUAUUAGUUGAGGGAUGAACUGUAGAAUGAAACCAUGCAGCUUUGAGUACAUAAUUUUGAAUUAAUAGCAUGUAAAGUUAACAUGAUGCUUAUUGAAUUAAUAGAAUGUAAAGUUAACAUGUCGGAAGAAAUCAUUGCUAUCUACGAUUUCGUCACUGCAAAAUGACAAAAAGCCCAUCUACAAUUUUGAUAGCUAUAUAUGUAAUUUUUUUUUUUGGAUAUUCUUUUUAAAAAAAAUAUAAAAAUAGGUGAAAUUUUGUCGUUUCUAUUUUCCUUAUUAAAAUUCAGAAUCUAUGCUUGCAUUUUAAAAUUUUUAAUUAAUAAUUAAAUACGUAUCUUAUACUGUCUCGUUACUUCAGCUGACCAUCCAAUGAAUUGGCUCCGGGAUGUUUCUCUCGCCGGAAUCUCUACUGCAACUCCUUCAACGUUUCAUCAAAAACUCCAUCCAAAUCAAGCAAAUCCAUUCCCUCCUCAUCAUCAGCGGUAAUCUCCUCCCUAACCCUAACCCUAACCCCAACUCAUCUACCUUCAAAUGGAUACCCACCUUACUCUACAACACUCUCAUCAGAGCUUACCUCAAUAUCCAUCUCCCUCACACUACCUUACUCCUUUUCACCCACAUGCUUUCCCAUAACAUCCCACCAAACCCCCAUACUUUCCCUUCACUAACCAAAGCCACCGUUGCUGCUUAUACAACCCCUUCCCUCAUCGCUAAACCCCUUUACACUCAAGCCCUCAAGCGCGGAGUAUUAUCAGAUCCCUUUGUACAAACAUCAUUCAUUCAUUUGUAUGCUAAAAGCAACUGUCUUUCCUAUGCACAAAAGGUGUUCGAUGAAAUGCCUGAACCAUGCCUUGUUUCCUGUAACGCUAUGCUUGAUGGGUUUUGCAAGAAUGGGGAUAUGGGUUCUGCUGUUUCCUUCUUCGAAUCAAUGCCUGUGAGGGAUGUUUAUUCAUGGACUACCAUCAUCAACGGGUACAGCAAGAGAGGGUGUUACGACACUGCAAUUCGGUUUUUUCAAAGGUGUUUAAGAGAUUGUUCUGUGAAAGCUAAUGAAGCUACAUUCGUUAGUGUACUUUCUGCUUGUGCUCAUUCUGUUACAUUUGGGAAGCAGAUACAUGGGUAUAUUAUCAAGAACGAGAAUCAAAUAACUCCCUUUAUCGGGACAUCACUGAUAUAUUUAUAUGGGAAAACGGGUCAUUUAGAUUACGCCACAAAAGUGUUUGAAAGUAUGUUGAAAAAGGAAACAUGCACAUGGAAUGCAAUGAUUUGUGCUCUAUCUUCACAUGGAAAAGACAAAAAGAUUUUAGAAAUGUUUGAUAAGAUGAAGAUUGAAGGGUAUCAUCCAAAUGAAGUUACUUUUGUUGGGAUUCUUGCUGCUUCUUCAAAUUGCAACCUUAUAAAUUUAGGUUUAGAAUUAUUCUACUCAAUGUUGCCUCAAUUUGGUGUUGUUCCAAAAAUGGAACAUUAUGGAUGUGUGGUUGAUUUAUUGGGUAGAUCAGGGUUUUUAGCAGAAGCAAAAGAUUUCAUAAGUAGGAUGCCAUUUGAGGCUGAUGCCUCUGUUUUAGGUGCUCUUUUGGGAGCUUGUAAACUUCAUGGGGAUAUUGAUUUAGGAAAUGAGGUGGCUAAAAGGCUUCUUGAGGUAGACCCUCAACAAUGUGGUCAAUAUAUAGUUUUAUCGAGUCUUUAUGCUGAUGUUGAGAAUUGGGGUCAUGCUGCCUUUUUGAGGAAUGUUAUGGUUGGAGUAGGUGUUCAUAAGCCUCCGGGUUAUAGUGUGGUUAACUCAAUGUAAAGAAUUAGUUUGUGCACAUUAACGAAUGUUAGGGUUGCAUGUAUUAGAUUUUUAGUAUUAACAAAAUAGUUUCUUUAAAAGAGUUGACUUCGAAUAUAUUAUGAGUCAUGGGAAAAUGUAGUGUAAAUUUGAAGCUUGGUACAUGGAUUUUCAUUUACCAUAGGCAUACGAAAAGUCUACUUGAAGGCAUGAAAGAGAAGAGAAAUGGGUUCUUUUUCUUUUUAUUUUAUUCCAAAAUAAAAUAACAGUAAUAUUUAGUUGCUA